AUGCGGUUUCGAUCACCUUUGUGCCUUUUUCGGGCUGUCUUUUGGCUUUCAACGUUUUCUUUCGCUGCUUGGAUCCCUAAAGUUGUUUAUGAUGUCUAUCAAUUUCCGAAUGAAACCUGGGUAGAAAACAUUGCAGUGCGGUCAAACGGAGAGCUUGUUGUGACUCUUCUCGAUCGACCUGAACUUUAUUUGAUCAAUCCGUUUAAGCCCCAGGCUGCUACCUUGUUGUGGUCUGCUCCUGAGGUAUUAGGCCUCCUGGGGAUCGUGGAGGUUCAGCAGGAUCGCUUUGCAGUGAUUGCUGGGAACUAUUCCGUCGCCACAGCGUCCACCAAGAAAGGAUCGUAUAGUGUGUGGAUGAUAGAUCUGCGACCUUUCCAAGGCAUGGAAGGAAGUGUUAUUACCCCACCUAAUAUCACCAAGAUUACCGACAUCCCGGAGGCCAUCUUCCUCAAUGGAAUGACCACACUCGGCGAUGGCAACAACACUUUGUUGCUCGCUGAUUCUGGGGCAGGAAAUGUCUUGGGCCUUGAUUUACAGACCAACACCUAUCACAGAGUAAUGAAAGAUGAUACCAUGGCACCAGGCCCUCCACUUUAUCUCGGAAUUAAUGGCAUCCACCUGUACCGCGACUAUCUCUACUAUACAAACACUGCACAACUUCUCGCUCGGAUACCCAUCCAUCCAAAUGGCACCAGUGCUGGUGAGGCUGAGGUCAUUGUUCGCAACUACGUCGGCGAUGACUUUGCUAUUGACCGUGCCGGUAAUAUAUAUGUCGCCGAAGACCUUGGGAACGCUCUAUAUAAGUAUGGAGUGGAUGGAACCGUUCGGGUCAUUCUUGGCUCUAACAACUCUUCCGUGAUUGCGGGUGACACAGCUGCCCAGUUUGGACGCACCUGUAUCGACGAAGAUAUCUUGUAUAUCACCACGAAUGGAGGGAUGGCUAAUCCAGUCAACGGCACGGUUGUUGGUGGAAAAGUGGUGGCAUUCGAUACUAAAUCGAUAUUGGACGAUGCGAGUAGAGCGCAGUCUUCACGACCAAGGACCAAACUCCUGUAA